AUGAACAUCUAUAAAUAUAUUGGUAAUGAUCGUCGUAGGUCGUAGGAACAAAAUAGAAUUUAAUAAUUUCACUCUAAUGUCCCUUUACAAGUAAUUUGCAAGUUAUAAUUUUAAGGUGAACUAAUACUUAUUCUUUACAUUUUCAUAAUAUAGGCUACCGAAUAGGAAUGCCAGAUAUCAAUUUCGGAAUAAAAAUCAAUAUUAAAGAGAGAUUUCAAGAAUGUACUAUAAAAAUAAGCUGGAGCAUUGAUUUCAGAAGCAAGAUAAAAUUUUUUUUCUUUUGGAAAUCUUGGUUCUUGCUUAAAGGAUGAUCCAUAUUCUAUUUUUGCAGAUGGAGUGCCUUAUACCAAUUGUAAAAUAGGCAAAAAAAUUUCGAUAACAUUAAUGUAAAAAUAUUUAUUGAAUACAUUGAAACUUUGGUUUUGGGAUUUAGGCUAUAUUUUCAGUGAAGACAUAAGAUAUUAUACAAUAAUUGUUUAUACUGUGUUGAAUGGAGUUCAAACCAAAAUUUAUGAUAGUAAUUUAGCAACUUCAAUAGUCAAGAUAAAAUUUGAUGAAUAACAAGUUGAAAGAUUUGAUGUACUAAAUGUAGGAGGGAAUACAUACUAUCGAAAUAAUUUGGACAUCAUAAAAGCUGAUGCAUAUUAUUCAUUUUCAUGA